CGGCGCGGCCCCGGGCGCGCCGUGAGACCGCGGCGAUGCCGGGCAGGAAGUCUUCCAAGGAGAAGAAGCGGCGCCGCUCACGCUCCUGCUGCCCGGAGGGAGCCCCGGGGCCGGACGGCAGCGACAGGAAGCGGCGGAGCACCGAGUCUACCCACGGUGCCCUGGAGGAAGCAAAAUGCAAUGUACCAUCUGGAGAAAAAGUGGAAGAAACUGAACAACCCAGUGAUGUCGAAGAAGGAGGAUUAGAUCUCACAGUGUCACUCAAACCUGUCAGUUUCUACAUUGCGGACAAAAAGGAAAUGCUUCAACAAUGUUUCUGUGUCAUAGGGGAGAAGAAACUACAGAGGAUGCUGCCUGAUACUUUAAAGACAGGACAACAGUAUAGACUCAACUUCUUCUCUGAGAGAAGACAGCAAACUGGAAGGUCAGGAAUCAAAACAAGGAAUGUUGUAAACCCCAAGAAAAAUAGAUCUUUCCUAAGGUUUUUGGGCACUUUUCAUGGAUUAAAACCAAAUGCAGGCAAGGGAGAAGACAGUGAUGUCCUCAGCAUAAAUGCAGAUGCAUAUGAUAGUGACAUAGAAGGCCCAUGCAAUGAAGAAGAUGGCCCAGAUGUGCAAGACAACACUGUCAGGAGUGGAGCUGGCCAGAUAGAUGACCUUCAGAAGGACAUUGAGAAAAGUGUGAAUGAGAUACUGGGGUUGGCAGAGUCCAGCCCAAAGGAGCCCAAAGCGUCGAACUUAGCUGUUCCUCCGUCAGAAGAUGUUCAGCCAUCAGCACAACAGCUGGAGCUUCUGGAGCUUGAGAUGAGGGCCAGAGCUAUUAAGGCCCUGAUGAAAGCUGGUGAUGUAAAAAAACAGCCCUGAGGUUGCUUAGGUUUAAUUUUCAGUAUUUGUUUUGAAGAAGGUGACAUCUGUUCUCUUCAGUGCUAUUGUGUAUUUGGGUUGAGUAUGACAUUCCUCAUUCAGACUGUAUUGUGUCUCCUGACCUGUGAUCCAUUGGUUUUGUUGCCUUUAGUGUGCUGCUUCCAUGCCGUACCUAAGCAGAGGUUGGUGCUUCCCUGAGAUGAGGUGUCCUUUUGCUGGGUCAUUUCCUCAAGGAGUCACACAAUGUAUGCCAGGAACCUGGUGCCUUCCAGAAAGGUUGUUGUAUCAGCUUGGAGUCAUAGAAUGGACUGCUUGUUUCUCCUUGGGACCCAUCUCGUCAUAAUGCUGGUAUUCUAGUCGAGUGAUAAUGCAUUUAAAAGAAUACGUAAUUUCUUGAAAUUUGAAUUCCUAAAGGGAAGGAUUUUUACCUUUCAAAUAAAUAGUUGAACAUGUUAUUUUCAGAGUUAUGAAAGUGCCUGAAAGAGACAGAGCCUGUCAUGCAGUUUUUCACUCUUGUCCACUGUUUGUCUUCUGUGUUAUAGCUGAAAUAAAGAAAACAGGUUUUUUUCCUGACUAUAAAGCUUUUUUUUGGAAUAUUUGGCAUAAUAUUUAGCAAUCAAACAAUUGAGAAGACCUUGAGCUUUUAACAUUCAACUGAUGUAGUCAUUUCAUUUACCCUUUAAGUAGGAAAAUCCAUCUAAUUUUGGUAUAAAUGGCUUUUUAGAAAAGACAUUUAAUUUAUUUAUGAGGUUUUAAAAUAAAAAUUCUAUUUUUAUCCA